UAUGUCAAGAAAUUGAGUUUGCUUGCUUGGACUUUGGAAGUUAGGAGGCUGCUUUGUUGGCGCAAAAUGUCUUGAUGUAUUAGUUAAAUGUAGUAGCUAUAUCAAUUUAAGACAUUUAAGUGAAGUUUGUACGAAGCGUAGUCAAAGAGUAUACGUAUUAGUCCAGUGCAUUACUGCCUGAUCAAUUAGUAUACUCCUCGGUUCUCGCCGGUUGUUGUCGUUUAAAAUACUUAGAUCAAUACUAGUAAUCAUAGUAUCAAAUGUAUUGAACACAAAAUUUGUUAUUUAUUCAUUGUUAUUAUUAUAAUAUAAGAAUAAUGGCCGAAUUUUUGAGAGGUUUAUUGUUAUCAGUGUUAUCAGAAAAAUGUUACGAUGAGUAUUUCGUGAAAUUUAACUUUCUUGAUGGUCCUUGUUUGACUUCGACAUUAAGUAAGGGUUUGGGGAUCGGCAUUAUUGCUGGGUCAAUUCUAGUGAAAGUUCCUCAAAUACUGAAGAUUUUGAGUAGCAAAAGUGCCGAGGGCAUAAACGUUUAUGGAGUGUACUUGGAACUCUUUGCUAUCACUGCUAACUUUGCCUACAGUUAUGUUAUGGGAUUUCCAUUUAGUGCAUGGGGUGAGGGUACAUUCCUGGCCAUACAGACUGCUGCGAUAGCUGCCCUUGUGUUGCAUUAUGCAGGCACAACUGGUAGAGCUGCUGUGUUCCUAUCUGUCUAUGCAGCCAUUGUAUCUGUGCUCAUUAGUGGAUUUACUCCUACUGAUGUCUUGUGGACAAUGCAAGCUGUUAAUGUCCCUAUAAUUGUCUUUGCAAAGUCAAUUCAAGUGUUCACUAACUACAAAAAUGGCAGUACGGGACAGCUAUCAGCCAUCACAUGCUUGUUGCUAUUUGGUGGCAGCAUAGCUAGAAUAUUUACAUCUAUCAUAGAAACUGGAGACUUCAUCAUUAUUGUGACAUAUUGUGUGUCAACUGCUGCAAACGGCGCCAUUGUGUGUCAAUUGUUGUAUUAUUGGAAUGUUGAUAAGAGCACUCAGAUCAAAAAUAAGAAAAAGAAGAAACAUUUAUAAUUUUUAUUUUAAAAUUGAAUAAAGCAUGAUUUUAUUUUU